AUGAUCUUUUAUGUGCAAAUUAAUGAGUACUUCUUUUUCUUUUCCUUUUUUCUUCUACUUCUUUUUCUUCUUCUUUUCUUCUACUUCUUUUUCUUCUCUUUUCCCUCUUCUUGUUCAUUUUCUUCUUUCUUCUACUUCUUUUUCUUCUUCUUCUUCUUUUCUUCUACUCCUUUUUCUUCUCUUUCCCUCUUCUUGUUCGUUUUCUUCUUUCUUCUACUUCUUUUUGUUGUUGUUCUUCCUUUCUUCUUUUUCUUUUUCCUUUCUGUUUUUUCUUCUUCCUUUCCUCUUCUACUUCUUUUUCUUCUUCUUUUCUUCUACUUCUUUUUCUUCUCUUUUUCCUCUUCUUGUUCAUUUUCUUCUUUCUUCUUUUCUUCUACUUUUUCCUCUCUUUUCCCUCUUCUUGUUCAUUUUCUUCUUUCUUCUACUUCUUUUUCUUCUUCUUCUUCCUUUCUUCUUUUUCUUUUUCCUUUCUGUUUUUUCUUCUUCCUUUCCUCUUCUACUUCUUCUUGUUCUUCUUCUACGUCUCAUGCCCUUUCAGAACGUGAGUGA